AUGAGUUUUCUCUCGGUGCAUGUUAGCUGGGCUAACAGGCGGGUGAAGACGAAGCUGUUUUUUCUACGUUUCUUGCUCAUUUUCUUGCUUUCUCUGGACUUUCUUGAGGGGUUUUAUUCACUUAUGGCUGGUGAGGGUAGUGUCGACUGGAGAAAGCUUUUCGCGGCUGGGAUUGAUCAAGAGUUAGAUUUCUUUCCUCCUUCGGUGGUUGAGGGUUCUUGUGUGGUUAAGUCAUCUCGUGUUGUGUUUGAGGAAGGUAUUUUGGAAUGGAGGUUCUCCUUAGUUGGUCAAUUUGUUGGGCAGGCUCCUAAUUUUACUUUUCUUCAGAAAGCUGUUAAUCUGAUGUGGGGAAAGGACUCACCGGUGAAGAAAGGGCUCAAUUAUAUCGCGAGUGCGAUCGGUAGACCUCUUCAUAUGGAUUUGAUAACUGCCAGUCGUGAGCGUCUUGAGUACGCUCGUGUCUGUAUAGAGAUUUCUGCUAGAACUCAGAUCCCUGAUUUUAUUGAUGUGAUUCUUUACGAUGAGUCAUUGGCUAGAAUCAGGGUUUUUGUGCCUUGGUUACCCAGUUCCUGUGUAGACUGUGGCCGAUUUGGGCACGUUGUGAAGUUUUGUCCCCAAGAAUGUGGACUGCCAAUCGGGUAUUGCUGGAAGCAACCUGGUUGUUCACACGGUACUAGUGUGGUUAGUUCUGGGACCUCUUUGAAGCCAGCUGGGCCUACUGAUAGUGAUAACCAGACUAUUAUUGCUGGUAACAACUCGGUUGUUCAUACUGCUAGUUCUGGGAAUUCUGGUAUUGUCUUAAAGUCAGUUGUGCCUACUGAUAGUGCAGAUAAUCUAGUUGUUGCUACUGAUAGCAAUUUGUCUAAUGUAAUUGGCACAAACUCGGUUACUGUCAUGGUGGCUAAUGGAGUUCAUUCUAAGAGUUCGGAUGUGGCUAUUGUUGGGAGUGAUGUUGUAGCUGAUUUGGGUUCUAAACUAUCUGAAGCUGAGCAUGUUUAUAUUCCUCCUGUGAAGAGGGGCAGAGGUAGACCAGCUAAGGAUGGCAAAUUCGUAGGGGGUGGUUCUAAGAAUAAAUUUGAUGUUCUUAAUUCCAUAGACCCUGAAAAUUUGAUGAAUGUGCCUUCUGGUAACUCUGGCAAGAAGCAGAAGGGUACUGCUUUGGGUGUGUCAGCAAUCAUCCAAGAGUUGAAGUCAAAGAAGAAAGAACAUGCUGAUAAGUUUGUUGAUUGGGGAUUCUGCUGCAAUUAUAGUUAUUCUGAUAAUGGCCGAAUUUGGGUGCUCUGGCAAAAUCACUUGAGUUGUUCCAUUAGUUCUAUCUUUGACCAAAGUAUCACCAUUAAGAGUACUUUCGGUGAUAAGGUUUUCUUUUUAACUGCGGUGUAUGGCUCAAAUGACAGUUUUUCCCGUAGACAGCUCUGGAAUCAGCGAAGCACUAUGGCUAGUGUAGUGGGAAGUGAUGCUUGGUUGAUCGGUGGUGACUUCAAUGUCAUCUUAAACAUGGAGGAAAGCUCGAAUGCAGUAAACUCUGCUACUGUUUCUGAUAUUUCUGAUUUCCAGAGAUGUGUUGAGGAAUUGGGAAUCUUUGACCACCAUUGGUUCGUGGCUUUUCCUUCUUCGGUGGUGGAAUUUCAUGCCCCUGGUGACUCAGAUCACUACCCAGCUCUAGUCUGGUUUCACAAGGAUGCUCCCAUUGAUAAGCCAAAGCCAUUCAAGUUUUUUAACUUCUGGACAACACAUCCUGACUUUAUAUCUAUUGUAAAAAAUUCAUGGCAGUCCCUGACCACUGGAAAUCCUGCUCAUGCAUUAUUCUUGAAGUUGAAAAUAUUAAAACGCUGCCUUAAGGAACUCAACAUGUCCCACUUUCACGAUAUUUCUGGGCAAGUUCAAAGGAAGAGAGAUGAGCUUCAAAAUAUUCAACUUUCAAACUUAUGUGCUGCUCUUGCUGGAAGUUUCAUUAAAGACGAAUUGGAGGCAGGAAGGGAGCUUAAUUCCCUUGAACAGGCAGAGCUACUAUUCUAUAAACAGAAGGCUAAAGUUGAUUGGAUCAGAGAUGGUGACCAAGGCACCCGUUUAUUUUACUCAAUAGUGGCUAACAAAAGAACUUGCAAUACCAUUCGUGCUCUGUAUAACCAGGAUGGGGUUAAACUAGACUCAUUCGAAGGCAUGUCAAAUGAGGUAAUUCGAUUCUUUAAGGAUCAAUUAGGGGUUACUGACCCUGAUGUCCAGAGCUACAAUAUUAACAUCAUUAGGAGCCUUCUUGAUUAUUCCUUGCCGAGGGGUGCUGCCGAUAUAUUGAUUAAAGAUGUGUCCGAUGCUGAGAUUAAAGAUGCCAUAUGGGGGCAAGGGAACAACAAGUCCCCUGGUCCAAUGGCUUUAAUUAUUACUUCUUUAAGGUUGCUUGGCCUAUAG